AUGCUUAGGAACGUCGAGAUCAAAGCGAGGGUACGCAACCGUGAUGAGGUUCUACGUCUAGCCAGUGAACUGACUGGUGAGCAACCAACAAUUUUAAAACAGCAUGAUCUCUUCUACAAUGCCCCAGAGGGUCGUCUCAAAAUGCGAACUGUCGAAGAGAAUGGAAUACAUCGCUCUGAACUAAUUUGGUACGAUCGACCGAAUUUCGCGGGACCAAAGGAGAGCAAGUUCAACAAGCUUGACAUUCCUGAAGGAAUCAAUGAAGGGCUAAGUGCCAUUCUGCGGUGUUCGAUGGGAUUAAAAGGAAAAAUAAAGAAGACUCGAGCCCUAUUCAUCUAUGGUAGAACACGGAUUCACAUAGACUAUGUUGACGGCCUCGGAGACUUCAUGGAGCUGGAGGCAUUCGAGAAUAUGCUCCAGUUGUAG